AUGCUGCUGCUGUGGCCACUCUCACUGCUGUUGGCAGCAGUAGCCGGAAGAGAAGUGUGCUACGACCGUAUUGGCUGCUUCAGUGAUGAUGCCCCAUGGUCAGGAACUAUAGAAAGACCCCUGAAAGCCCUUCCCUGGAGCCCCUCCCAGAUCAACGCCCGCUUUCUCCUGUACACCAACGAGAACCCAAGCAACUACCAAGUAAGAGUACUCAUUCAAAUCACUGCAGAUGCAGCAACCAUCAGGAAUUCCAAUUUCAAAACCAAUAGAAAGACCCGUUUUAUUAUCCAUGGAUUCAUUGACAAGGGAGAAGAAAACUGGCUGUCUGAUAUGUGCAAGAAAAUGUUCCAGGUGGAGAGUGUGAACUGCAUCUGUGUGGACUGGAAAGGUGGCUCCCGCACCACGUACACCCAGGCCACCCAGAAUGUCCGGGUGGUGGGGGCAGAGGUGGCAUAUUUGGUGAACACCCUUCAGUCUCAACUUGGAUACUCACCUGCCAAUGUCCACCUCAUUGGCCACAGCCUGGGCUCCCAUAUUGCUGGGGAGGCUGGAAAGAGGACAAACGGGGCCAUUGGACGUAUCACAGGACUGGAUCCAGCUGAACCUUACUUUCAGAACACACCCGAGGUAGUCCGACUGGACCCCAGUGAUGCUCAGUUCGUGGAUGCCAUCCACACAGAUGCGGCCCCCAUCGUCCCUAACUUAGGAUUUGGAAUGAGCCAAACAGUGGGCCACAUGGAUUUCUUUCCUAAUGGAGGUGUAGAAAUGCCCGGAUGUCAGAAGAAUAUUCUCUCCCAGAUUGUUGACGUGGACGGGAUCUGGGAAGGUACCCGGAACUUUGCUGCCUGUAAUCACUUGAGGAGCUACAAGUAUUAUUCCGACAGUAUUGUCAACCCCACGGGCUUCGCCGGAUUCUCCUGCGCUUCUUAUAGUGUUUUUGCGGCAAACAAGUGCUUCCCCUGCCCAAGUGGUGGAUGCCCACAGAUGGGUCAUUAUGCUGAUAGGUAUUCUAGAAAAACAAGUGGAGUGGGCCAGAGAUUUUAUCUAAACACUGGCGAUAAGACUAACUUUUCACGUUGGAGGUAUCAAGUAAGUGCCACGCUGUCUGGACAGAAGGUUACAGGACACAUUCUUGUUUCAUUGUUUGGAAACAGAGGAAACUCUAAGCAGUAUGAAAUUUUCAAGGGUUCUCUGCAGCCAGGAAGUACUCACUCCAACGAGUUUGACUCUGAUAUAGAUGUUGGAGAUGUGCAGAAGGUUAAAUUUAUUUGGUACAACAAUGUGAUCAACCCAUCCCUACCCAGAGUGGGAGCAUCCAGAAUCUCAGUGGAAAGAAGCGAUGGAAGAGUGUUCAACUUCUGUAGUCAAGAAACCGUGAGAGAGGAUGUGCUUCUCACCCUCAGCCCAUGUUAG